AUGAAUACAGCUAUAUUCGACGACAAGUCGGAGCACUGCAUCCCUUUUCUUCUUGGGCUGCUGGAAGGCCACAGAUUAAAACAUGGAGACGGCCACAAUGCACCGCCGUUCUUCGUGGGGUUGAACGGCAUCCAGGGCGCGGGGAAGACGGUUCUGGUUUCAACUCUCCAGUCUACUCUCUCGGCUGCACCGUACAACCUGCCCACCAUAGCCUUCUCGCUCGAUGACAUAUACCUAACGCACGCUGAUCAACAGCAACUUGCAGCCUCCCAUCCAUCUAACCCCCUUCUCCAGCAUCGUGGUCAGCCAUCCACUCACGACAUAGCGCUGGGGAGCAGAAUUUUUGACUCCCUUCGCCGAAAUCAACCAGUCAAAAUCCCUUCCUAUGAUAAGUCUGCCUUCAGUGGCCAAGGCGACCGUGCACCAGAGGAUAUGUGGGAGGUUGCAAACGAUACGCAUAAUGGACAGUCUCUGGUUAAAGUCGUUAUAUUCGAAGGUUGGUGUGUUGGGUUCCGCGCAAGGCCCGAUGCAGAGAUUCGAGCAGACUGGGAAGACGCUGUGAGAAGGGAGAGUGAUGGUGACUAUGACGGACAGCUUGGUCAUGUCAAAUUGGAAGAUAUCAUGGCUAUUAAUAAUGCAUUGAGCAAGUAUGAUGCUUUCACCAAUCAACUCGAUGCCUUUAUACACAUUGACGCUGAAAAUACACAUGAUGUAUACUAUUGGAGGCAGCAGCAAGAGCAAACCCUUCUGGCGACGAAAGGGAAAGGCAUGACUCCAUAUCAAGUCAAAGAAUUCGUCAAUGGCUCCCAUUUCCUGUGGUUGAUAGACUACCCGUCGUACGAACUAUACACAAACCAGCUUAGAUACGGUGUAUUCAAACCCAUGGAGGCAUCUUCUAGCGAUGAUGAGAGAGCAUGGAAAGGGAGGCAGCUUAGACUCGUCGUCAAUACGCAAAGGAGGGUUAAAGAGGUAAUCGCCAUCUAA